AGAGGAGUCAGAAAGCACGGUAAGGAAUCUAUAGUAGCUUGACCACAAAACAAGUUGUAGGCAGACCAAAGCGAAGGUAAAGCACUCCUGCUGUGGUCACGAUCAACAUGGCAGCUUCAUCGUCUACAGUUCUUCAACCUGGCCAGGCUGGUGAAACCACCUCCACGACCAGUGCUACAUCUGCAGCGCCACAAGGAAACGCCGCAGUUGCCCAACUAGUACAACCCACGACCUUGACUGGUGGAGGUCCCGCAUUUACUCCCUCUGCAGGUGCAACCACUAUCCACACUGCCAAUACCAACAAACGCGACCAGAAGACCGCAGACACGGCCGGGGGAACCGCGGAGGGAAAUAAACACAACAAUGCGAAUAUGAACUGCAAAAGUAUCGCACUCGUAUAAAUGCAUCACAAAUUUCCUCAGCGUGAGAAAUAAGAUUUGUAGUGCGGAGGUACUUUAAGAAAAGCAAAAAGAUUUGUAAUGCAUGGCUGCAAUACGAAAAAUACGAUGCUUGUUUUGCACAGGAUAGCGAAGAAGGCGAAACACGGCAUGUCACCGGAAGAGAAGCGGCAGGAGAUGCUGGCUUGGUGGAAAAGUGAGAACGAGGGCGGGAACUUCUACACACUUAAGGAGUUGGAAAACGGCUUGAAGCCCAAGGGGAUCCGGCAGCCCUACCUGAAGGAGAUUUUGGAAGCUCUGCUCUCCGAAGCAGAAGUGUUGCAAGACAAGGUCGGUUCCAGCACCGUUUUUUGGCUGAAUCCGAAGAAUAUCCUGUGCAAAAGUAUCGUACUCGUAUAAAUGCAAGUCUUGCAUCACAAAUCUCCAUACCAAGGCAAAACAGCAUGACAAAUUCCAUUUGUCGCGUUGAGCUAAUUUGUAUUGCAAUUACUACUAGUACGAUACUUUUGCAGUUCAUAAAGAAAGUUGCUUCGGAAAAACAGCAGUUGCGCGAGCUGGAGCACUUGGAGACGGUCAUCGAAAAGCAGUUGGUCCAACAGUUGCAGCAGCUAAAAACGAACUUCGAAACGGUCAACGUAACAGCUACAACAACCUCCAGUUGUGCCGCGGGAAAAGAGAACAACAGCACGCCGGGGGUUGGAACAACCGCUUUAUUGCCCCAGAAAGCUGACGUGGAUAGGAUCACCAAGACGAAUAACAAGCUGAAACUGGAUAUGCAUUGCAAAUAUGCCUGGGUCUGGAAGGAUGUAACUUGUGAUGCUGCAUUUGCAUGCUACAAAAAUCUGUACUGCAUGACCCGCAAAAGAGGUCCAGUUUUUGCCAUGGAAAGAGGGCAACAUCUCUCAUGCGGUAUAGGCAUCAGGAUGCCCUCGCAAAAUCAGUGAUGCUAGGGCAACAUGCAUCAAAGACGUCAGGAAUCAUGCAAAAUGUGCAUGACAAACCUUGCAUCCUUCCAGACCCAGACACUUUUGCAUUUGAUACUGGAAAUCUCCCAGCUGCGGAAGAAGGACCCCGCGGAGCUGAUGAAAUAUCCUCUGCAAAAGUAUCGUACUCGUAGUAAUUAUUGCAGCCAUGCAUGACAAAUCUCCUGCGGCCGUAGCUGCUUGCGGCGACGGUGCAAAGGUUUUCGAUGUGGCGCAGUCGGGUAUGCAUGACAAAUCCAGCUGUCUACUCGAACACGCAUGACAAAUUGCUUUUUUCUAGAUAAAAUUUGUAAUGCAAUGUCUACUACGUACGAUAGUUUUGCAAUGCAUAUGAAACAGCGGUCCAUGAUUCCGACCGUGAAAGAAAUGGUGAACAAAUGGGGAUACCUAUCCUGUGUAAAAACGUCCUCACCCCAAUAUCGUCAUGCAAAUGUGCAAUGACAGGAACGUUUGUAAUGCGCAGCUCCAUAAGUAGAGGCAUUACCAAUCGCGAUUUGGAAUUUGUAAUGCUGGAAACAGGAUGAGAAAGUGGCUUUCUCAUGCGGCUUCCCUUGCCAACCAGCACUACACAACUGCAGAGGGAAACUUGUCAUGCACAGCUCCCAAAACUUGGAGAUUUGUGUUGCUAGAUUCCCAACUUGACUAUGCUGUGGGAACGUUUUUGCUUGGGAUAAUACCACAUCGACACGUGUCGGAGUCACCUGGCGCGGUCCGGAGGCAUUGCGGUGGCGGAUAUCAAUGCGCAUUUCGAGCUAUGCAUUUUUGCAAAAUUGUCGCAUUUCGAGUCGAAAUUGCAUUUGCAAACUUGUUUUCGAACUAGAAAAUUUUCCAAGGGUGAUUUUUUCCCUUAUGAGGGACGAUGGAAGAUCUGUAAUGCAGGACCAGAUCAUUGCCAUUGCGAUUGCAAUUGCAAUUGCAAUUACAACUACCGAUGCGAUACUUUUGCACAGGAUAUGAGCUCCCGGAGGAGUACGAGGAGGUUGCGUAG